UUGCGGGCGGAAAAAUAUCGAUCGUACGCCACACACCUGUUCGGAACAAUGGGCCGUGGGGCCCGCACCUGCCCACAACCGCGCUCGCAGCCGGAACGCGCGCACAUACGCACCACACCGACCACUCGCUCCGCGAAUUCGACCCAACCAUGAGCGGCGCGGGGGGACGCUGACCGUCGCGACGUCACACCGGCCUUGCGCCGUCGCCGAUCGAUUGCCGUCCGGCAUCUUGGAUGGUCACCGUCCGCAGCAUCGUCUAUCCUCAGGAUCGGAAAGCUAUGUAGUUGGGCAUAAUGCACAUAACAUCGGGCUUGUCACCAGCGUCCGGCGAAAUGCUGGACACAUCUAUGGACUUUUAUGGAGACGCAGGAGAACAAUGUGGAACUACAUAUUUCGCUGUGGACCACACCGUUCCAGAAUCUUCUCAUACAGUUGAGAUUGAAUACAUAUACGAACAACCUGAAACUUACUCUCAAAAUAACAUAGAAGAGCCAAAUAAUAGUGACGCCCAAAUAGUAACAACUUCUAAGCCAGAAGAUGAUCAGCAAGACCGAUUGUCCAAAAAGAUACGCACAAAACAUAAGCCUGAAAACCUUUCUGUAGAUGACACAGAGACAGAUUUGACUAAUUUGACAUGGCUUCAAAAUAUAACGAACAUAAUGGCAGUGCCGCAAUUUCCCAUAUCUCCCAUGUCGCCUAACCCACCAGUGAAAACGCAACCACAAAAUACGAGGUUGCAAAAGUUCAAUCAAACAAUAGCCAAAUGCCAGAAGGACUUCAUGGAGAAUAAAGAAGAAUAUCAGUCGAAUAGUGAGAAGAAGCCUCCGUACUCAUAUAGCACGCUGAUCUGUAUGGCGAUGAGGUAUAACAAUGACAAGAUGACUCUAUCAGCUAUAUACUCCUGGAUUCGUGAGAACUUCAAAUAUUACAGGAACGCGGAUCCCACUUGGCAGAAUUCCAUACGUCACAAUUUGUCACUGAACAAAGUAUUCGUAAAAGUGGCCCGCUCUAAGCACGAACCAGGGAAAGGUGGAUUUUGGAAGCUCGACCUCGCCCAUUUAGAAGGCACGAAGCGUAUUUCAAACAGGCCACAUAAGAAAAAGAAAAAUAACCCAGUGGGAGAAUCGAAAGACCUAAAAAUGUCAGAAGAAAAAGUGGCUGUUGCUAAUAUUCCACAAAUCGAAUCCCUGGAAGUUGUUGAAGAAAUGGCCACGGAUAUUCAUAAUGUAGUGACGUUACAUCUUCCUGAGUUUACAUUAGGAAGUGGCAUACAAUCGAUAUCCGAUAUAGACUUGGAAACUAAUAUAGGGGCAAACGUGAUAGUAGAGCCUGUUGCUCCACCACCCCUGAUUCCAGAAGAUGACAUAACAUCUUUACUUUUAAAUCACACUGAUUGGGACGAUCUUCAACUGGACAUGUUCGACAACUAUCUGGAUUCUUGUUUCACGUAAGAUUGUUAUUUAACAUCUGAUAAUUGUACGUUUUGCGCCGACUCAAGAUAGGUUUAGGUUUGCAGUAAAUAUGUCUUUAUCUAUUGCGUGUGAUAUCAUAAUUAUUGAUAAGUAUAUUGUCCCGGUGCGGGAUUAAUUACUCGAGGUAGACUUUGCAAAAAUUCGUCUGCGAGGGUGCCUCAGUCUCAGCUAUUUCACUUGCCAAGCAGCUUGUUUGGUAAGCUGCUUCGGUUGUAGGGAAAGAAGGUAGAAAGACAGUUAAGAGGCAUGAUAUCAUAGUUCUCCGGAAAGGGAAUGCAUGACCGGUAUCGCGGCGUCACAUGAUUGUUAUAAAGGUGACGGUUACCACUUACCAGAUGGACCGUCAUUUUUUUGGCUAUUCCUAUGAUAUAAAAAAACCCACAAAAACUCUAAAUUCGUACUAUUGUACUUUCAAUGAAGUAUUACUAUAAGAAAUAUCUAGUCAGAAGGCUUUUGCGAAAGAGUAUAUUUAAGUCUUACGAUAAGCUUAAAUUUUUAAGUUAAAAUUUGUCAAUAUUAGAUAUAAAUGUAGGUA